CUACGCCCAUUACAUCUCGCCGUUCAUUGGUCAGUGUUUCCACACCCUCUCACGUGACUUUGUUUACAGCAGACUUCCAUUUUGCUCUUGCCUCUGGAAUGACUUCGAUCGUUAUGCUCCCUAGGGUGGAAGCGAUGUACUAGAUUCACAGUCAUUCAUAUCGUCAUUCAUUUGUUCUCAAUCUUAGCAGACGUAUUUUCUGUAUGUAAAUACAAGCCUCUACAUACAAUUGUGAGAUUAUUUAACUCACAAACAUGAAAUGUUUGAUUUGUUUUAUAACCAUAAUUUUAUUUUAAUCAUUGGUAUUCCAGUGUGACGAGCUAACCUCAGAUUGUAUUUCUUCAAUGUUUUUAUUAUAUGUCUAUGUUAAAUGCUCUUGUUAAAAUUGCAUGAGGUUAAUUCAAUGACUUCUCUGGCGAUGAUGAAGUUGUCAUCACAACAUAGAGCUUUAUAUUGCUAUUUAAUUUUAAGUGUUUGGAUUUUUCUUUUAGUAGCAGGCAUGUACAAAUAUAUCGGGAAUGAAGAUCCAGUUUCUGCCAUGAAACGUACUAGUAAUGAUACACCAAUGAGAAGCUUUUCCAAAUAUUUGAAACCUGAUAUAAAAAUGCGGAGAAUAUUUAGGUUAUGUAAUCCGCCAGAAGAAAUAACUAUUGGAAGCGAAGGUCAGGUCCAUGGUAACUACUCGCUGGAAGGCGUCUUCGUUUUCUUGAGGCAUGGCGACAGGGGGCCCCUGUCGCACAUCAGAAACAUAUCCAACGUCAAUUGUGCCGGGGACUUCGCAAAUCCUGAGAACUUCGAUUCGGACCUCAACUUUCAUUCCUACGAGUAUUUCCUACAGAAUUUGUCAUUUUCCAGCAAGGCUCCUAAUUUCCUGCCUCAGUUCCUGGGGCCUUUCCACGGAUUCCCACUGGUCCCGCCGGCCACCGGGGAGUGUCAGCUCGCACAGCUCACCCCCGUCGGCAUCGCGCAGCUCCUGAAGACGGGGAAGGUACUUCGCUCGGCCUACGGGGAGAAGCUAGGUACGUCGAACGGCUCGUUCGCGAGCGAAGACAUAGUGGUGUACAGCACUCGCUACCGGCGGACGUUCCAGAGCGUCGUCGCGUUCCUCUACUCCUUCCUGUCUCCGGAGAGCCUGCAGAGGAUCGUGCUGCGCGAGAGCCAGAGCCUGGCCUUCUGCUUCGACGACUGUGCCUGCCCGGCCGCCGAGAAGUACCGCAGGAGGUUCCAACUGGAGAGCGCGCGGCACUUCCGGUCGCACCCCGCGGUGGUGAAGCUGGUCGGCGACGCGGCGGCGGUGGUGUUCGAGAUGCCGGACAAGGCGCUCUCCUCGGACCCGCACGCUCUCAGGGACGCGUUGCUGGCGUACGUGUGCCACGGCGCACAGCUGCCGUGCGCGGAGCCGCGCGCCGGGGCCCGGGAGGCGUGCGUGCGGCCCGAGCACGUGACGGGGCUGCUGGCCUACACGGAGUGGGAGGCGCGGCAGCACGCCAGGAGCGGCAGCCUGAGGCGCUGGUGCCUGCUGAGGGCGUACGGCCUGCUGCGCGACGUGGUGUCUCACGUGCUGCGCCUGGUGUCGGAGCGGCGGCCGCGCCUGGUGGUCUACUCGGGCCACGACAAGACGCUGCAGUACCUGGCCACGGCGCUGGGGCUGGCGUCGGAGGCCACCGCCGCGCCGCACUACGCCGCGCGCCUGGUGCUGGAGGUGUACAAGGGCCGCGAGCAGCGUCCCACGUCGCGCCGACCGGAGGGGGGCCCCGCGGCCCGCGACUUCUACUUCCGGCUGCUGUUCGACGGCCUGGACCUCACCGACCGUGUGCAGUUCUGCAAGGGGAGCGGCAGCAUCUUGGUGAAGCCGGCGCGCAAGCUGAACGCCACGCACACGGGCAACCUGUCUGCACCGGUGCUCAGGAAGAUGUCUGCCACCUACCUCUGUCCCAUAGAGUCCAUCGUACGCUUCCUGCACGACGACUACUUCGGCAGCUUCAACGCAACCAACUUCAAGGACGCUUGUGCCACCAGAUCAUAGAAACUUUGAAUUACUUUUAUACUUAUAUUCAUUUACUAUUGUACCUUACAUGGCACAAAACUCAUUAUUCAAAAAAAUUUAUCUCGGGUUAUGUUUAUGAGAAAAGGAACUUAGAACGAAAGCAAUUUUAGAACUAAAGUUUAUCAACUAUACAUUUUUUAAGAAUCAUUUAAAUUCCCAGCAUUGUUAAGUACUGCAAAAAAAUAUACUAUAUAUUUUAUUGGGAUGGGCAAAGAUGUGAUUGCUUACAUAUAUAUGUAUGUAUAUGUGUAUUUAUAUAUUUUUUUUCUCAUUCUUUUAUUAUUGUUGUUCGGUUAGCAUGUAUUUUUUUGAAAAUGUAUAUUAAUUUUGACAGUUUUCUCUUGAACAGAUAGCAAAAUUAAUAGUAUGUGAAUGCAUUGUCACAUUUGUUUGUAGAAUCUUUAUAGGGAAAAAAGUUGUGAUGACAUUAUCUCGUGUGUAGCAAAGCACAAAAUUUCCUUCGUCUCAAAUGCCAGUUUCUGUAUGCGUUCCAUUUAAUCAUUUUAAGUGAUGUUGUUUGGAGGAACCGCUACAACUGUUGUGCCUCAGUGCACCAAUGGCUAAGUUACAUGAAUUUGCCGAGUUCUUGAUAACUGUUUUUUUUUUUUAAUUUUUUAAUUUAUUGACAGAAUGACAAAAUACAUUUAUUAUGUAUCAAUUUUUUUAAGUACUGUAAGAGACAUGUAGUUUACUUAAAGACUGCAGAGUUCUGUUAUUAGAACAGACAUUCCUUUUACUGAGUAAAUUAUUUCCUUUAAUGUAUAAUAAUGGUGGCUCAUGUGCAGACCAGCAGCUAUAAAUAAAUAUUUUUAUUAUUUGGCUGUACAUUAGUUAUUAGUCAGCCUUCUAGGCAAAUAUUACGUUGGAUAUUCUCAAGAAGUGCAUCACAGAUUGAUUAUUGACAAUUGCCGUAGUAGAAGCUGGUCCAUGUUACCUUGUGUGUCCAGAGGUUCUGUACGACAUGCAGGGUUGCCAGCUGUCAUUUAAGGGACAUUUCUGUAACUUUGUCUCGAUAGUGUCCUUGCAUUUCUGUUUUGUCCCAAAUGCAUAACACUGUCAUUGUCAAGCUGUUAAAUGGCAGGUAAGGUACUGCUUGGGAACGGGUAGAUCUAGACUUGAUUCUCCCGGGAAAAAUGGCAGUUUGCGCUACCCCCACCCCCGUACAAUAAAAAACAUAAUUUGUUUGUUUUCAAUCUGUGUACUUUAUAUGUAAAAUUUAAGUUAAAUUUUAUCAAACCCAAUGUAUUUUCGAGUGUUUUAAGAGCACAUAUAAUUUUUUACAGUCUCUAUUUGAGUUUGCCCCACAAUCUCAUUAGGAACAGAGAAAUGAAGAUCACCACUGAAUACAUGAUACUGAUAAUGAGUAAAUUCAAUAUUUUUUUUUCUAUUCUCCUUUUAUUCCACACUUUUUGUAUUAUGAAGAGAGACUUUCUCUUGUCAUCCUGCUUGGGAAAUACCUACAAAACAUAAAAUGUAAAAGAUCUUCACAGCCUUAAUUAAAUGGAGGUAGCCCUCUUUUUAUUAUGGUGAGUCAGACGGAUACUGUCACAUAGUUCCCCUUUCAAAGUCCGUAGCCGUAACGUAUUGCAAACUAACUUCAGUUAAUGUCUUCCCCUGAGCUUCAACCGGAGGCUGCACGGGAAACAUUAAUGGGGGUUCUGCGUACCAUGUAUACAUAAUGUAAUAUAGUUUCAUCUGUGAUAAUGUUAUUUAGAAUAGGUAUAUUACUCAUGUGUUCGUCAGGUUUCACAACUAGUCAAGAUGAAUUUUUCAGUGUUCCUUCAAUAUUAUUGUUGUGUUGUACCUUAAAAAAUGUGUCAAGAGAAUUUCAUUGAGAGUGCCAGGUUUAUUUAUUAUAAAAGUUACUGUAUUUGUUUAUUUUCUUGUAGGUUAGGUGUAGUUAAUACUCUCAGGUGCACAUCAUCCAAACUUUGCUGAAGUGGUGUUACUUUUUGUUAAGUGCCAAGUAUAUUUAGGUUGUGUGUUGUGUCUUGUCUCUGAACAGAUCCACUUCAGGCCAUUGCAUAUAGGCUUUUUUGUUGUGUAUUUAGCCAAAGGCUUCUUUUAAAGCUAAGAUUUAACAAGUUUUUUUAUUUAUUUGCUUGCUACUGGAAAUAUCAAAUAUGCUGGUGCACGCUUAUUCCUUGUGUGUGAGUUACUGGGUUCUUGUAGCUCUUGCUGGUGUAGAAACUGCUGUUCACAAACCAAGUGGUCCUUUGCCCUUCAGAGUUCCAGAUAAUGAAGUCUGUAACAUAUGCUUAUAGUUUUUCCUUGUUGACUUAAAUACAAGUUACCCAAUUUUUAUGAA